GAUUAUCGUACUCCAAACCGUACUGCUUAUCACAGAAUUCUCGUGCACAAAGUAAACGAACGAACCUGAAGCUGAUCACUUGAUCAUAGCGAAAUCAAAUAAGUUUCAGUUCGAAACGAAGAUCCAACCAACUUGGUUCUCUGCGCCGUGCCCGACAAAUUUGUUUAACACGUGGGGUGCUUAUUUGAUAUACUAAAUUGUUUACUGUGCUAGUGCUCGAAUUUGAGACCAAAAAAAGGCGAUUAUCAAAAUAAUUACAUUUAAUAAAAAUUGAUUAAAGUGAAACGAGAAUAUACAUUUUCUUGAUGUUGGGAAAUCAAAAGGUGUUAGUGAUCGGCAAUGGAGGCCGAGAGCAUGCAAUUUGCUGGAAAUUAUCCAAAAGUGCAAAAGUAGAAAAAGUUUAUGUGUUGCCCGGUAGUGAUGGAAUACAACAAGUGAAUAAGUGCGAAAAUGUUAAGAAUGUUGAUAUAAAGGAUUUUAAGGCAAUUGUCAGUUGGUGCAAGACUAAAAACAUUGACUUGGUCAUAGUUGGACCAGAAGAUCCACUCGCAAAUGGGUUGGGUGAUGCAUUGCAAAUCAAUAACAUUCGAUGCUUUGGUCCAGGAAAGAGUGGAGCUAGAAUAGAGUCUGAUAAAAAAUGGGCAAAGGAUUUUAUGAUUCGGCAUAGUAUUCCAACAGCGCGUUUUGAGUCAUUUACCGAAGCUGAAAAAGCAAAGGAAUUUAUCAAUAGCGCCUCUUACAAUGCUCUUGUUGUAAAGGCAAGUGGAUUGGCAGCUGGAAAAGGUGUUGUUGUAGCUAAAAAUAAAGAAGAAGCUUGUGGUGCCGUUGACGAAAUCUUAGGCCAAAAGAAAUUUGGUAAAGCUGGGGAAGUCAUUGUUAUCGAAGAACUUUUAACGGGCGAAGAAAUUUCUGUUCUCGCAUUUGUCGACUCCAAAAAUGUGUCCGUUAUGCUUCCGGCUCAAGAUCAUAAGCGCCUUAAAGAAAACGACGAAGGACCGAACACCGGUGGCAUGGGUGCAUACUGUCCAUGUCCGCUCAUAUCAAAUAACGAUAUUGAAAUUGUAAAAAAGGAAGUGUUACAAAAAGCCGUUGACAGCAUUCGUUCUGAAGGAAUUCAAUACUGCGGUGUGCUAUACGCUGGCAUUAUGUUAACUCAAAAUGGUCCUAUGGUGUUGGAAUUCAACUGCCGCUUUGGUGAUCCUGAAACGCAAGUCAUACUACCACUUCUGAAAACUGAUCUUUACGAAGUUAUGAGUGCGUGUUGUGAGAAUAAACUGAACGAAUUGAAUCUCGAAUGGGAGAGUGAUCUCAAAGCGGUUGGUGUUGUUAUGGCCAGCGCUGGAUACCCUGAAACUUCAACAAAGGGAUGCAUAAUUGAAGGAAUUCCUGAAAAUACUGCUCAAAAAAUUGUAUUUCACAGUGGUGUUGCUUUAAAUGCGGCAAACCAACUAAUCACAAACGGUGGUAGAGUGUUGAUCGCAGUAGCCCUAGGCAACGAUCUUAAAAUAGCAGCACAAGAAGCUACUUCUAUAUGUCAAGGAAUUAAAUUUUCUGGCAAAGGAUCACAAUUCCGUACCGAUAUUGCACAGAAGGCCCUCAAAUUGCAAUCUCUAUCGUAUAGAGAAAGUGGCGUUGAUAUUGAUGCUGGGGAUGAUUUAGUCCAAAGAAUUAAACCACUAUGCCGUGGUACCCAUCGGCUCGGUGUCAUUGGGGGUUUAGGAGGUUUUGGUGGACUUUUUAGUCUUAACAAGCUACCCUACAAAAACCCUGUUCUAUGCGAAGCCACUAACGGUGUCGGUUCUAAAAUAAAAGUUGCCUUAGAAAACCAAAUGUAUGAGAGCAUAGGUUGUGAUUUACUGGCAAUGUGUGUCAAUGAUGUUUUAGAAAGUGGAGCUGAACCAGUAGCUUUCCUGGAUUAUAUAGCUUGUGGAAAACUUCAAGUGCCAGUGGCCGCACAAAUUGUGAAAGGCAUAGCCGAAGGAUGUCGAGUUUCCAAUUGCGCUCUUCUGGGAGGUGAAACAGCAGAAAUGCCUUCAGUUUACGAAGUGGGAAAAUACGAUAUUGCUGGUUAUUGCUUAGCCAUUCUUGAAGACGGGUCGGAACUUCCAAGGUAUGAUAGAUACGCUCCUGGAGAUUUGGUUAUAGGACUGCAAUCAAGUGGUCUCCACUGUGCAGGCUUUGAUAAAAUCUAUAAUGCGCUACAAAAUAAAGGACUGAGUUUUAGUGAAAAAUCAAGCUUUGGAGAUCAAAGUAAAACAUUAGGUCAACAACUAGCAUGUCCAACACGCAUCUAUGUGAGUGAUGUACUUCCAUUACUUAAUACAGGCUCAGUAAAGGCCAUUGCUCACAUUAACUCAAGCUUGGAAGAGGGUCUUGCAAAACUUUCCAAAGACAACUUUAAUUUAGAACUUGAUUUUAAAAAAUUUAACAUUCCUGAAGUAUAUGGAUGGCUUACAUCAAAGCUUGAAAUAUGUGAAAAUACUCUAUUGAAAAACUUCAACUGUGGCCUUGGAAUGGUUUUGGUUGUAUCCAAGGAAUGCACUGAAUGGCAGAAAAUCUCAUGCGCCAGUUUGAUUGGCAAAAUCAGUGCCACAAAUUCUGCCAGUUUAAUUAAAAUCUUAAAUUUUGGAUUGGCUCUGAAUAAUGCAUCGAAAUCAAAGAAUAAUAAAGAAAACUUAAUAGAAGUUUCCAAAUGCGUGUGCACAGACAUUGAAGCCGAUAAGAGCAAGAGAUUGCAAAAAGAAAAUCCACAAAAAGCUGAAUCGUUUACAACACAGGGCGGGAAACGACUUACACGAGUUCCCAAGACUUUUAAAGACCCAAUAUUGAUAAUGGGCACAGAUGGCUGUGGAACUAAAAUUAAAAUAGCCCAAGAAACAAAACUCAAUUCAACAGUUGGUAUUGAUUUAGUGGCCAUGUGUGUGAAUGAUAUUCUUUGCAAUGGAGCUGAGCCGUUGACUUUUUCCUCAUACUUUGCAUGCGGAGAUUUAAACCGAACGCUUUUUAAUGACAUAAUGACAGGCAUAGUGAGUGGAUCACAAAAAGCCAAUAGCAGUAUAAUUGACAUACACUCCGUUGAAGUUCCUCUUCUAUACGAACCCAAUGCAUAUGAUCUUGCUGGAUUCUCACUUGGAAUUGCUGAAAAUGAUUUAAUCCUUCCAAGAACCAAUGAACUAUGCGAAGGAGAUUCUAUUAUUGGUUUACCCUCUAGUGGGGUUCAUAGCAAUGGUUUCAGUUUGGUUCAUGCAGUCAUGAAAGUAGCUGGAGUAAACUUUUUUGACAUCGCGCCAUUUAGUGGAAAGACUUAUGGUGAAGAAUUUUUAGCUCCAACGGAAAUUUACGUAAACGCAAUAGCUCCACUUCUCUCAAAGGGCAUAAUUAAAGCCUUGGCACAUAUAACAGGUGGCGGUUUCAUCGAAAACAUUCCUAGAAUACUUACCAAAGACCUUGGUGUUCGUAUCUGUGCGAAAUCAUUUGUGAUACCACCCGUUUUUGCAUGGAUAGCAGCAAAGGGCCGCGUAACAAGUUACGAGAUGUUGCGCACUUACAAUUGUGGAAUUGGAAUGAUUCUAGUUGUCGAUCCAAAAUACGAAGCAGAUUUUUUGCAACUUCUACGUUUCACUCACCGAGCAACAAAAAUCGGAAUGGUAGUCAAAAAAUCUGCCAAUACUCCUCAAGUGGUGGUUGAAAAUUUUGAUGAUUGCCUACUUAGCACACAACGACUUUUAGGACUUCCACGCAAAAGAGUUGCCGUCCUUAUCUCAGGUUCUGGAUCAAACUUACAAGCGCUUAUCGACGCAAGUAGAAAUUCUGCUAUGGGCUUGCUAAGCGAUAUAGUGUUGGUUAUUUCGAACAAAGAAGGCGUCUAUGGACUAGAACGAGCAGCUAAAUCAAGUAUUCCUACCGUAGUUUUGUCUCAUAGGAAAUUUAAAGACAGAGAACAGUUUGAUUUGGAAAUGUCGAAAGAGUUAGAAAAACAAAAAGUGGAUAUAAUUUGUUGUGCUGGAUUCAUGCGAAUUUUAUCAGAAGGUUUUGUUAAGAAAUGGAAGGGCAAACUAAUAAACAUACACCCAUCACUUUUGCCAAAACAUACAGGCUUGCAUGUUCAACAGAAAGCAAUUGAUGCCGGUGACUUGGAAUCUGGAUGCACGGUUCACUUUAUCGAUGAGGGCGUCGAUACAGGACCAAUAAUUGUCCAAGAAAGGGUUCCAAUACUACCUGAGGAUACAGCAGAAACAUUGACACAGAGAAUUCUUAAAGCCGAACACUAUGCUUUCCCACAAGCUUUGAGGCUUGUAGCAACAGGUACUGUUGGAUUAGACAAAAAUGGACAUUUAAUAAGAAGAACGUAGAUUAAUUGAAAUAAAUACUAUUAAAGAAAAGCAAUAUAAUAUAGCAAGUUAUUAAUAA